AUGGAUCGACCGGGCUUUCAAGGUUAUACCUACCAGUCUUACUCAAUGACGAAUACUGCUGCUCCUUCGACGGAAUUGCCUGCAGCUACGUCGAGAUACACAACAAACCAUGGAACAAGCAGUGCUUUCAGUGUCAAUGCCAACCCCAAUGAAGACUGGACCAAGAUUUCUGAUCUGGCAGAGAGACGUCGAAUUCAAAACCGGAUUGCUCAGCGUAACUACCGCAAAAAAUUGAAACGCCGUCUAGAGGAUCUGGAGCGUAGAGCUGGAUCUACAUCUGCGUCCCCAGAACCGGCUCAGAGGGAGACCUCGCAUCAACCUAAACCUCGGGCCAAGAAGUCUCAGUCUCCCAAAAUCGACAGCCCUGCAACCCGUAAAAAGAAGACUUCUACCUCAGUAUCGAAUCCUCCGAGCUGGAAUCCGUCUCAUAGUCCACUUCCACUCCAGCAGCAUGAAGCAUACGGCAACGUGUCUGAAGCACGCGGUGCCAACAAUAGCAACAUCUACACCGAGCAACAACUCAAUUCGCGACAAAUGGCCUCUUCAUCACCACCCGACUCAUUCUUUUACCAGUCAUAUCCUUCUUAUCCGGAGGUGUAUGGCCAUCACAGUUCCUAUCCUUCACCCCAGCCUCUUCAUCAAAACACAUUUCAGACGAUACCACAUUCUCAAUACGGAGAGGUAGCUUCUCAUCACCAAAUGGAUCACUUGAUCCAAUCAAAGCAGACAAAUGCUCUCUCUGAUAACCAACCUCUCAAUCCUCUAUAUCUCAACUACGCUUCAAUUGCCGGUUUGGACAUGCCAGCGCCUCAUCAGCCGCAAUACGGCCAGCAAACUCAGACACCGUCACUUGCCAAUGCCUACUCAGACGGGUACUCCUCGUCAACAUCCCCCGCCCGGUCAAUCAACGAACACUUUCCGUUGACUCCAGAGCAUGCAGUUUUGACUCCGAGGUAUAAUGAAGUACUAGCAUUCAAGGGUGUUAUUAUUUAG